AUGAUACGUGUCCUAGUUGCUAAUACUGAUCUGGAAGUGUGGGUUGGCUCGGAGCACUCUCGUAAAUUAAAAACACAUAUUGCCACUCCACAAGGUGACUCUUUAUCUCCGAUCUUAUUCGUCAUCUAUCUGGAAGCUGCUCUUCAUGAUCUGAAAACUAAAAUUGGCCCAACCACCAUCAUGGAAUUAAUAUAUGCGGACGACAUAGAUUUUGUUUCAGAAGAAAUGAAUGAUAUCAGAAUUGCACUUGACUACGCUCCUGAAGUAUUUAGAAAGUGGUUUUUGAAAAUGAACGAACAAAAGACUGAGUUCAUUACAGUCAAGCGAGAAAGUAAAGUUACUGACGAGAUAUGGAAGAGAUCAAGAAAAGUCGGGUCACUGCUUGGUGACUGGAAAGAUGUCAAUCGAAGAAAGAUACUGUCAACAUUAGCACUGAAGAGGCUUAAAUCGACAAGCUAUACCCAUCUCUCAAAUCCUGUAAAAGUACGUUUGUACAAUGCUUUUAUCCUGCCCAUUUUACUAUACAACUCAGGAACAUGGGGGACUGAAUCGGAACUGUAUAUAAAAUCUCAAUGCUUUUCAGAAAAAACAACUCAGGUCAUUAUUGAAAAUACACUAUCCAAUAAAGAUCAAGAACCAAGACUUAUACUCCGUUUUCAAAACAGAACAAUUAGACGCAACUAUCACUAA